UCGACCCGCGGCGCCAAGCGCAGCAGCGCCAACGCAACGAGCAGCAGCACAACGACUACCACGAGCAACUAAGCCCAUCCCGUUCACACAGGGACUCGCGCUGGGGGUUGCGGGGCCAAAGGAUCGGGGAGGCGAGCCACCCAGGGCCACCCGACGAUUGCCCAGGGACGACACCGCGCGGAGACCACCGCAGCACUGGCGGAGGGCGAGGACGAUAUAGUAAUAUCGAUGGCGACCUACCGGCAAGCCAGGGGCGUUCCGCUUCGCGCCGCUCCGCGCCCGCAGGGCCAGAGACACCGCCCAGCGAGGGAUUCAGGUCGCCGCGCCGCUCCCUCUCGCCCCUGCCAGCAGAGGACAGUCACUUCGACGCCGUGUUCGGUCGGAGGCCGCGGCCAGAGGUUGCUGCUCCUGCCUGCGCGAUGUGCCUGGAGCCGCUCGACAACGCGGGGGUGCAAUGGCCCGAUUGCGGCCACGUGCCACACAGCUUCCACGCGGCAUGCCUCGCCAGGCACCGGCCGCUGCGCCGGGGGCUAGCUCACCUGCGCCACACGGGCGGCGACGCCAGCCGGGUCGAGGAGGCGCAGUGCCCGCUCUGCAACCACAGGUGGGGCGACGGGCCGAGCGCCGCCGCGCGGCUCGCGGAGCUCGUGAGCUGCCUGGAGCGCGGUGACGGGCUCCCCUCCCGGGGGUGCCGGUGCGCGGUCUGCCGGAACCACGGAGGCGCGCCGAGCAGUGACGAGAACGACGACCCACAGGUCGAGUGGGUCGCCCGGGCAAGCGUGGGCGCGGGAGGGCCGCGGCGAUGGCACGGGGAGUGGCUCUGCCAGGGCUGCGCCGAGACAGCGCUCCCGGAGCCGCCAGCGGACGCGAAACCAGACAGGCCGCCAGAGACAGGAGGAGGCGGCGGGAACCCCGAACCAACGCCCGGGAGGCAGGCGCAGGUCGCCGCAACACCACACCAACGCAGCGUCUUCUCAGGGUGGCCUCCGCUGGAGGCCCCGCUGCGGGCACGUACCAAUUCGGACGUCUACAUGCCGUUGCUGCUCGCGGCGGCCGGCCUGCUCGAUCCGACGGAGGCGGCGCAGUGGGGGGCGCACCGCCUCACGCAGGACUGGUGGCAGCCGACGGUCGAGGCGCUGCGUCACUCGGAGCCGGUCCCCGCCGAGCAGAUCGCCCAGGGGCUCGAGUUCGCUGGGGCCCGCCCCGGGACGGUGUACGCGGCGAUAGCAGCCGGAGGCGGAGAACGCCCGGGACACGUAUACCUGCCGCCCCUCGUCCGGGCCUUGGCAGACAGCGCCGGCCACGUGGAGCCGCAGGCGCAGGACCUCUUGCUGGAAAUGUUCGGCGGCGCUGUUUUAGCGAGAGGGGUUGACAGGCGCACAGACGAGGCAGAGAGAGAGGCGCUAGACGGGGUGGACCUGCAAGCAACCCUGCGGCAACAGGUGGCCACCAUGCGGAGCGCCCCCGCUUUCCUCCGCGGACCCCUGCGCAACGCGCUGCGCAAAGCGCUGAGGGAGAUCCACGCAAGGGGGGGCAACGAGGCGCGACAGCUCCGAGGCUGGAAGCUCCUGUUUCUGAUCCCGCGCAUGCUGCUAAGCAAGGACCCCGGCGCCCGCACGGUGCCCAAAGAAGAGCUGCUGGAACGGUUCGCCCGGUUCGAGGCGGGCGACUGGGCGCCCCUGCUAGCCCCCCCAGCCAGAAGGCGAAGCGGAGGAGGCCGCGGGCGGCCGCCGGCAGGGAGCGACGAGGAGCUUUCCCAGCGCUGCGCGAGGGCGCACGCCUUGGUUCAGCAGGGAGAGGUCUCGGCGGCGCGCCAGGCCCUCACGGCCAGCGCUCUCGCGCCGGGGACCGAGGCCACGCUGGCGGAGCUGCGGGACCCGGCGCGACGGCUCGCCCAACCGCGGGAGCCGCUGAGGGGGGACCUGGCAGCCUUAGCUCCGGAGCCUAUCUUGCUCGAGUCCGACAAGCUCCUGCGCAACCUCCGCGGCUGCCGCAGGGGCGCCGCCCCAGGAGACUGGUGGCCCGCUGCGUGGCCCGUGGCCCAACAGAUCAACGAGGAGGUAGAGGCAGCCACAGCGCCAUUUCAGUUCGCCCUGUCCACAAGAGCGGGCACAGAAUGUGCGGCACACCUCAUCCAGAGCCUGACGCAGGCCAACCCAGAGGCCACGGUGCUCUCCAUAGACGGCAUUGGCGCGUUCGACCUCAUGUCGCGCAACGCCAUGCUCCAAGGAUUGGCGGGCCUCCCAGCCGCGAGCUCAGCGUUACCAUUCUGCAGGAUGUUCUACGGGUCCCGCUCGCAAUACCUCUGGACCGACCAGCGCGGGGAGGCCCACGUCGUGGAGCAGGCGGAAGGGGAGCACCUCUUUGCAUUCCUGGACGACAUCUACGUGGUGUCUGCCCCAGCGCGCUCCCGCGACGUCUUCGAACUGGUCCGCUGCGCGCUUCAGAGGCACUGUGGCAUCGGCGUCAACAUGGGCAAGACAAAGGUCUGGAACGCAGCAGGAACGGAACCGCCGAGAGUCAGGGAGUUAGGCACCGAGCAAGACCGGGUGUGGGUCGGAGACACCGCAGCGCCGCCACACGAGCAGGGCCUGGUGGUCCUCGGCACGCCCAUCGGGCACGUGGAAUUCGUCCGCCACCACAUGCGCUCCCUGCUGGCAGACCACCGCGUUCUCCUGCACCGGCUGUGCCAAGUCGGAGACCUCCAGACGGCCUGGCUGCUCCUGAGCAUGUGCGCCAACCCGCGGGCCAAUUUCUACUUGCGCACAAUGGCGCCGGAGGACACGCUUGAGUUCGCGACGGCCCACGACGAGCACAUGGCGGCGGCGGUCACAGACCUCCUGGGGACCCCUGCGGACCAGCUGGCAGCAGGACAGACGGCCAGGGAGGUCGCGCAGCUCCCGCUCUGCCUCGGAGGGCUGGGCCUGCGUUGCGCUGCCCGCAUGGCGCCCGCGGCGUGGUGGGCGUCUUGGGCGGACUGCCUGCCGAUGCUGCGAGAGCGCGCGCCGGCGCUGACGGCGGACAUUUGCUGGGCCCUCGACACUGGCGCGGCCGGGCUCCCACCGGGCCUCCGCCAAGCGGCUGAGGCGCGGCGCCAGCUGGCCCUGGAAGGGUACGAGACGCCUGACUGGACGGCGCUGGCGCUGGGAGCGCGCCCCCCGCCCACGCACGACAGAGAAAUGGGCGAGUGGGCGCGCGGCUGGCAGUUCUGGGCGGCCCGAGCAAGAGACGACCGAGCCAGGGUCGGCAUCAUGCAACGCAUGCAGGCCCCAGAGCGCGCCCUGCUGCGCUCCCAGAGCGGCCCGUGCGCCGGCCGGGUGUUCACGGUCUUACCCACGAGCGAGCCCAUGCGAGUUCCACCCGCAGAGUUGCGCGUCCUCCUCCUGCGCCGCCUGCGCCUCGAUUUACCAUUCACGGCAGGCGCGUGCAGGUGCCGAGCGCGACUCGACAGCAGAGGGGACCACAGGGCGGCCUGCCCCACAGCCGGCGUCCUCAAAAAGCGGGGAGCCCCUCUGGAGAAGGCGGCGGCCCGCAUCUGCCGCGAGGCGGGCGCGAGGGUGGCGGAGAACCAGUUCUUGCGGGACCUGAACGUCGACGGCGUCGGCGCGGGCGACGGCCGGCGGCUCGAGGUGAUCGCCAGCGGUCUGCCGCUGUGGGGAGGGGCACAGCUGGCCGUGGACGCCACGCUGGUCUGCCCUCUCGGCCGGGACGGCGCGGCCCACCCGCGCACGGCAGACGAGGACGGGGCGUGGAUCCGCGAAGCCCGCAGGCGCAAGGAGACCACCUACCCAGAGCUCCUGGACGCGAGGCGCUGCCGGCUCGUGGUCAUGGCCCUGGAGGUGGGGGGCCGGUGGUCGCAGGAGGCCCUCCAGUUCGUGCGCCUCUUGGCUGACUGCAAAGCCCGGUCCGCGCCAGAGCUACUGCGCGCCUCGGUGAAGGCAGCCUGGAUCCAGCGGUGGACUGGCCUCGCCUCGGUGGCGGCGCAGAGGGCCUUCGCAGACUCCCUGCUGCACCUGCCCCUGGACGGCCUCGCCUGCGACGGCGACGAGCCAUGGCUGCAGGACGUCCUGGCGGACGCGC